AUGUAAGUUAAUGGUAUGACAGUGUAAAUAAUUUCACAAUAAUUUUAGUAUUUUUUGUGAUAUUUUAAUUUAAGUGUUAAAUUCCUAAGUUUCGUAACAAUGUUAUCCACAUUAGUUAUACACGAAAAACAAAAAUCCGACUCUGGAGUUUCACAACAGGAGUCAUCGGUGAGCGAGAUGGUGUCUCCGCCGGUGGACCUGGACGCAGGGGGCUCGCAGUCCCUCGUGACGGGAGACUCCGCCAGCACUGUCAGAGUGCCGAAUGCACCGAAGAGCUGCAUCGCAGAGAUCUUCAGUGCCGACAAGACCGACGGGGCUCCCAUGAAGAACGGGACCUCGCGACCCCGCGCCGUGCGGGACACGCCCACCCGCCCCCGCGACACGCACUCCAGGCUGUUUGGACAGGCGAAGAACAACACCGUGGUGCCGAUGGUGACUGACAACAUCCGCAGCCACAUCCAGUUUGGCGAGCACGAGAGGAACGGGGGCAGCCCCAUGCACUCUCCCAAGAUGAACGGAAGCGCCAGCUCCACGCCCAGUCGAGGUGAGGGGGAGCCCAGCGACCUCUCUAUCUCCGCGUCGCCUCCGAAGAGGAAUCCAGUGACGGGCGAUGGCGUCCUGCUGCCGCCGCCGCGGCGCGCGCACCCCGGCGCCGCGCAGCGAGAAGGCAACCCGAUCACCGGUCAAGGCUACAAAUCACUGAACGGGCAAAUCAACACUGUGACAUCUCUAAACGGAAGCGGCAUUCUACACAACCGAGUGCCCCCUGGUGGAUACUCAUCCGGCCUGUGGUAGACCUGGACCCACCUGACACCGCGACACACCAUCACCCACAUCGAUAACCCAAGCCAUUCAUUAUUAUUAGCAAAUCACAACAACGACUGAAAUAGCAAUCUCAAAAAAUCGAGGCGUUUCGCAGUACCGUGAUUUGCUAAUAAGCAAUCGCAAUGUCCAUUGUAUUGUAUUCAUCUGUAGGAAAGCAGUUGUGAAAGUUUCUUUCGAUCUAAAUUGAUUUGUAUCGGUUGUGACCAAAAGAAAUUUUUGGGUGAUUGUUUUGUGUAAUGACUAAAAGGCUUCAUUAACUAUACGAAACGAAAUGUCGUGCUCUAGGCCUAAGUUUUUAUAUGAAGACGUCAUAUCCAAUUACUGAAGUCUUCCAAUACCUAUAUUUUCUUGGAGCACGUCAUGUUGUUUAACAGAAAUAACGCAUCGUACACUUCUAGACAUGAUUUUGUAAAAUAAAUUGUGGGUGGCAGUGAGCGUUGUACAAAAAGCAUUUAUCAUCAUAAUCAUUUUAAACCAGUAGGUAGUGUCACCCCUCAGUAGCACAAGACAAAUGCGACGUCCAUUAUAACAUCCGAAGGGUAUUUGUUGUUUAAUAGAAAUCCUUAGCCUUUCCCCUGUAACUUUUCAUUUUCGUAAUUAAGAAUAGGAUUAAUAGAUAUUUUUGUAACAAUAUCAUAACUUCUACUAUAGUAAUGUAAAAUCGAGCUAUUGACGUUGGAGUUUUUGAAAUUAUUGAGUAGAUACCAACUUGUAUUAACUUCUCUCUAUUAGAUUGUAAAGAUCUCCACGGAUUUAAAAUAAGGUGUAAACAAAUUAAGUGUACGUACUAUUUUACGGACUUGUUAGAUCAGUGAUGUUAUUGGAGUGAGGAUGCUUAUAAUAUCAGCAAUAUACCAAAACUACUAGUGCCUUGUUUGGUGUUGAAUGAAAUUCUAUAAGAAUCUAUGUGCGGUUGAAAUAGGCAUACGUAUGUAAAGAAAGUGAUUAUAUAUCUAUAUUUCACAGUAUAGAAAUAGUAAUCAAUACGGCACUCGGACUUAAUCAUACAAAAUAAAUUAUCCUAGCAUAGUUUUAUAUCAGACACUAUUUAAGAAUUUUUAUUUUCGUUUGUUAAAUCAAAAUGAUUACUUUAUUGUAAUAUUUAAUAGAGGGUUUCGUGCAUUUAUUUUAUCUUUUUAUACAACUUUAUUUUGUUUAGUAGAUCCCUCUGACUAGAGUUUAAAUAAAUUUGGAUUAUUUGGUUGAUUAUCUGUUAACGUAAAUCUAAUAGUAAUGGACCAGACGGUUUUAAGAGUGUUUUUUCUUAUGAUAAGUUUGGUAACACUAGAAUUAGUAGGCAUAUCAUCUCAGUGGAAGCAUUAAUGAUUUUAACAUGGAAUAGCAUUAUCACAGCCUAACAGUUAAUGGAUAAUAACCAUUACUUCAAAUAAAGUUUUUUUAAUUAA